AGAUUCUGUCCACUUUCCCUGAUGGUCGCAGGAUCGUCAUAACCCACCAUGCGGAGGAUGGCGGAGGAGGUCCACCCAACCAAGGAACAGAGGUGAUUUUUACUCUUUUAGAUACUUUUUAAAAAAAUCUUAAUUUGCCUUAAAAUCGUCUUAAGUGACGCCAGAUGUUUGCUGAUAGAGUAACGUUAGUUUAAAGAUUACUCACCCAGAGUUUUCUUGAGUUAGUGGACUAUUUACUUCCUCUGGGUUGGAUUUUUAUGAAUAUUUUUCCAGAUCACAAUGCAAACAUGCCUAAAAUGUUGCUGUUUUAAUGUUUUAUGACUGUUUGAAUGUCUACCAGUCAAGAUCCAACAAUUACCUUCCCUGGUUCAGUCAAGAGAACAAAGUGUUCCUCCAUGUACAAAGAAAUCUCUAUUCAAAAUGAUCAAAUCUAUAGAUUAACUCAGCUAUUUAAGAUUGAUUUAUAGAAACACAGAAUACUUUCCAAAUGUGUCUUUGCUUCACCAUAUUUAACAUUUGAAUAUUGUCAUGUUUUCCUGUGGGAGAGACCUUAUAGAUUACAUACCAGCACAGCAGCACUGAUAACAGAAAUGAGAAAUGGUCAAAGUUCAGUUUUUGCUUUGUUUGUAUGUACUUCAUAUGUUCAUGUGUCUGCUUGCUGGGAUUCUUGUUUGCCAUUUGAAACACAGUUCCUGGGUAUCAAGUUGGCUUCCCUCGUGGUGCCCCACGUCUCCUUCUCAGCUGAAAAAUGCAGAAGAGAAAAUGCUCAAAAGUAAGUGUGCCUUAAAGAAAAGCCCAUCAGAAGUGGACUUUGAAAGUCAAGAGUUUCACUGUUAAAUCAUCUCAUAUGACAAACAAGUGAACACAUAUCCUGUAUAUUUGAAAUGUCCAGCAUUAAUCUUUUUUUUACUCAUUCCUUUCCUGUCUUCUAACCCACAUCAUUAUCCCCUCUUCUUCUACAGUUGUAAAGCGACCUUUCUCCAAACAAUACGUCCGGAUAUCAAACUACAACUUCUUAUGGACCUUAGCUUUUUCAACUCAACUGCAGCCACCCUCUCCCCCUUAUCCCUCUGCUCCAAGCAGACCUCCUCUGGUUCUGCUACAUGGUUUUGGAGGUGGUGUUGCCCUUUGGGCACAAAACUUGGACUUUCUGAGCAGCAGCGGACCGGUCUAUGCUCUGGACUUGCUGGGCUUUGGCAGAAGCAGCCGCCCCCAGUUCAGUGCUGACUCCGAGGGGGCUGAGGAGCAGUUCCUGGCAGCUCUGGAGGAGUGGAGGGAGAAGGUGGGACUGGAGGACAUGGUGCUGCUGGGACACAACCUUGGAGGUUACCUGGCUGCCGCCUACUCACUGAAAUACCCACACAGGUGAGUGUGUCUGUGCAAAAGAUUGGUCUCUAAACUUUCUUUUAUUUAAACACUAACACAGUGUGUUCAGUAUAAAAAAAACAUAUGAAAGUCCAUCAGAGUUAGGAAGUUAAAAUUAUUUCAUAAGAUGGUUAUCAUGCUACUUCACCAAAACUACAUUAUCUUAUGUUCAGCCUGCUAUUUAGGUUUUCACCACUCGAUAUUUAAGUUGUUCUACCAACUCCUAAAUCUGCCUUUUUAGCUGCAACCCCAUCAAUGAGUAGAUAUGAUGUGAAUGAAAUUCAACAUUGAGUUUGGACACUUAUCAGUAACUAUGUGUGGUGUCAGGGUAAAACAUCUGCUGCUCGUGGAGCCGUGGGGGUUCCCAGCUCGUCCAGAGAACCCCAACCAUAACUCCAUCCCAGUGUGGAUCCGAGCUAUGGGGGCUGUCAUGAGCCCCUUCAACCCUCUGGCUGGACUCAGACUGGCUGGGCCUUUAGGUUAGCAUAAUAACACCAAUUUGCACGUCACUACACAGAAAUGUAUUUUGUAAAUAUUAAUGUACAAAGGACUAAUUGUUGACUUAAAGCUGAUUAUGUAACAAUUGGAUUAGUUUCAUUGCUAUGAGGCAGGGGCGUAAUUGUGAAGACUCUACAACAAACCAUGUGUGACAGUAUGAUUCGUCUCUUUUAGGCCCAAUGCUGGUCCAGACAAUCAGGUCUGACUUCAAGCAAAAAUACUCCUCGGCGUUCAGUGAUAACACAGUGUCAGACUACAUCUACCAUCUCAAUGCUCAAACUCCAAGGUGAAGAACAUUUGAAGCAUAUAUUUACUGAAGUGGUGCUGAUACUCUUGCAACAUGAAAAUCUCCAACAUGAUUCUUUUGUGUGUCAGUGGGGAAACAGCUUUUAGGAACAUGACGAUUCCCUACGGCUGGGCUAAGAGACCGAUGCUCCACAGGAUCGGUCAGAUCCAGGCUGACAUUCCCAUUUCUUUCAUCUAUGGAUCUCGCUCCAGCAUCGACUGUGAGUCUGGAUCUGCAUUCAAGAAGAACAGACCAGACGUGGAAAUUAAAGUAGGUCUCUCAAUAUUGUCUCUUCAUGAUGGGGUCAAAAUUUUAUUUAGAGAGACUUAAGUCAGUGUUUCAAUUGUAAAAAAAAAUCAGAAUAUGUCAAGAUAGCACAACCACGUGUCCAAACAUGUUUAAACGCUGUGUAAAAUGUUCAUAAUGAAUGAGAUUUUGAGGAAGAACCUUCCUAAAAAUACCAAGACACAUCAUUCCCUAAACUUGCUCAUCCAUUGGAUUCUUCCUCAUCAAGGCUCCAAAGCAAGGCUAAAUCUAAAGCCUCCAUACUUUUCAUUUUUCUUCUAGUUGUCAUAUUUGAGUCUCUUGAGCUUUGAGUAAAGUUAUAAUAAGAUUUGAGCUUCACAGAGCUUAAAGCACAAAACGAACAACAGAGCAGUAGAAAGAGCGGGAAAAUUGAGCAAAUAUUUAAAUAUAACAUCCUUUGUAAAAAGCAUGCAGUCAGUUUGACUGCUCUGGUAGUUCGAGGUAGUUUUAUUCAGAUCUCUUUUGUGUUUUGAAAUUCUAAUGAUAAAACAAUGUUAGAAUAAAAUUUACACACAUUUAGAAAAAGUCAGGGUGCGACUGGUGUACAGGUUUUAUUUUGAAAAAGUUAUGACAUUGUAAAUUAUGAAAGCAGUCAAAAUGACUGCCUUGGUAGUUCGGGUGUUAAUAGUGCCUGCCCAGAUGCUGAAACUCCCCAUGCCAUGGACACGAGCACACCCUCAAACUGUCACAGACACUGACUUUUGAACCUUGUGCUGAUAUAAAAAAAAGGUCUAGUCCCCACUCUCCUCUUCUGCUCUGGUUCAGUCCUCCAAAACUGGGCAUGGGUCCAGAGAUGCGACUGCUGUUUCAGGAAUGAUAUUUUUAAAUGUUUUCUCUUUGCAGUAAACAGUUUUAAGCCGUAUCUCCAUGCUCACAAACUAAAUAUUUUGGCAGUGGUUUUGUUCCUAUGCAGUGAUUUCCACCACAGAGUUAUUUCUCAUCAUGUUUUCAUGCAAUGCUACUUGGAGCCCAGAUGAUUACAGCCACCCAGCACUGGUUUUUGGUUUUGUCCCUUUUGUACAGAGAUUUCUCCAGAUUCUUUGAGACCACUAAGGAUGUUAUGUAAUGUGGAUGAUGAUACUUCAAAAAUUUAGCAGUUUCAUGCUGAAGAACAUUGUUUUUUAAAUGGGUGAGCCCAAUCUCUCACAGAAAGGUGAGAGAUUGUGUGAGAUGGGAUUAAAAUAUCAAAACUGAUUGUGUUCUUGUGUACACUAUCUCUCUUUCCUAAUCUGACCUCUCUGUUUAUUAGGUGAUCCGAGGGGCAGGCCAUUACGUCUUCGCCGACCAGCCUGAUGACUUCAAUCAGACAGUUCUGCAGAUCCUCUCCCGAACAGAGAAGAAACGAGAAGAUGAGAAAACAGAAUAACUCAAGCACAAGGGAAAACAAAGAGUUUAACUAACUCAUGGAGAAGCUGCAGCGGUUUCACUGUAAGCCUCUUUGACGUGCACUUUACUGUAAAAGACAGCCAUCUCUGGCCAAGAACCUCAACCAUGAACUGCCCAUCACCCCCCUGAGGCCUUAAAGUCAAAGGCCAGAUGACGGGUUUCUAUAUCCAGCUCAUGUAAAAAAGUUUUGUAAAUAAAUUCCAGUCUAUUUGUUCACAGAGUAUAAUCUUUGGCCCGCUGUUGACGGAAAAGUGAGCGCAAACUAGUGCCCAGUUCAAAAUAAGAAUUCUCAGUAAGCAUUGGGCAACUUUUCCCCGAACAUGUGAACUCAUCCUCUUAGGAAAUACAUGCUUGAGUGGAGACCUAAGAAAAGUGCACAGGAUGUUCUUUUUCUGACCCCUAACCCACGCUCUGGAAGAUAUGAGGGGGAAUAACUGGGGCAAAGGGCUGGUGUGUGUUGUGGCAAGAAUAGUGUCUCCUCAAAAGCUGUGACAGAGAGUCACCAGCAGGUGGCAGCACACAGUAACAAUACAUGCACUUCACCUCUUCUAGCUUUCCUAGAGGAAUAACUGUAAAUCCCAUACAAAGCACCUUCACAUGCAUACUGAGUUAAGUGACCUACUCAGGAGACCUGGACAGUGAUGCUUUCAGAGCAGUACGACUCUCCGCUCACUGCUAAGUCACAAACGCAGUGACAGAAUCGGGUCAGAGAUGUGUGUUAGACUAAAAAUAGACCCUCUGUUUCAAGGGGCAUCAGUGUGAGUUGAAACAAUAUGGUCCUUUACUGGGAAAUAUCAAUCUUUGAAUCUAUGCAAAUAGUUUGCACAAGGCAGUCAUCAUGACGUGACAUUUUGUAGAGUUGUAGUUGCAGAUAUAAGAUGAAUCCAAAUAUUUGAUUAUGUUGUGAUUUCUUUUUUUGAGUUUCUUGUUGAUUUUUGUCCUUUUUUUUUCAAAACAAGAGGUAAAUAGACAAAAGCUAGUAAAAAGUCUGAAUGUUAAGGAGAAAAAUAUUGAAAUAAACAAUCUCAAUGUUGU